GGUAAAAAUGCAACCAAAAAAUAUUUUUAAAAUAUUAAAUUUAAUAUUACUUCCUUUUUUAACUAUUAUUAAUGCCCUAGACAAUGGUUUAGCACGAACUCCUCCAAUGGGUUGGAUGUCUUGGACAAAGUUUUACUGUGAGAUUGACUGUGCUCAUCACCCUUUUAGUUGCAUAAAUGAGAGGCUUUAUAAAGAUAUGGCCGAUAGAAUGGUAGAGGAUGGCUUCCGCGAUGCAGGCUAUGUUUCAGUCCACAUAGACGACUGCUGGAUGCAACGAAAACGAGACAGUAAAGGGCGCUUGUUAGCGGAUGAUAAACGCUUUGCUUCGGGAAUGGGGGCAUUGGCAGAUUAUAUGCAUUCAAAGGGUCUAAAAUUAGGAAUUUAUGAAGACAUUGGAACUGCUACAUGUGAAGGAUACCCAGGGACUUGGGGGCAUUUGAAGGAGGAUGCAACCUCUUUUGCUGAUUGGAAGGUGGACUAUCUCAAGUUGGAUGGGUGUAAUUUGAAUGCUUCUCUUAUGGCUAAACAAGGUUAUAUGGCAAUGGGUCAGGAGUUGAACAAAACUGGCCGCCCUAUUGUUUAUUCAUGCUCCUGGCCAGCUUAUUUAUUAUUUAGUCAUCAACAGAAGGAUAUCAAUUACACAUUAAUUGGGGAAAAUUGUAACCUAUGGAGAAACUUUGAUGAUAUUGAACGUUCAUGGACUUCAAUUUUAAAAACUAUCGAUUUCUACAUCAAAUAUCAAGAUAUUUAUCGAAAGGCUCAAGGACCAGGGCGUUGGAAUGACCCAGACAUGAUUAUUGUUGGCAACACAGAAAUAACAGUAGCACAAUCACGCGUACAAAUGGCUAUUUGGGCAAUAUGGUCAGCACCUUUAAUAAUGUCAAACGAUCUAAGAACGUUAUUGCCUGAACAUCGUGAAAUUUUGUUAAAUCCAAGAAUUAUAGCUGUUGACCAAGACCCUUUGGGAAUUUUUGGAAGGAUGGUUUACAACGAAAAAUCAGUUUAUGUUUUUGUGAAGGAGAUGACACCCGCAAUACCCUCUCGUAAUUUAUAUUCGUAUGCUGUCGCUGUACUUAAUUAUGGGACAAAUCCAGUGCAAUUCACCACCGAUCUUAAAUCUAUUGGCCUUACAAAUAAAGCUGGAUAUUCAGUCCAAGAAUUAUGGAAGGGUACAAACUUGGGGCAUUUCUCUCCCUCUACAGUUUACAACAUUACUUUGGAAAAGAAUGAUGUUGCAAUAUUUAAAGCUACUUUGGAUGGAAUUACUAAAAACAUUUAUUAA